CUUGCGGAAUUUGCAGUGAACAGCGCUGCAAUAUCGAUCAGGCAGCGACAAGGCAGCCUCCAGACUUCGAACAAGAGGCCUGUUUUCAGACGACAAUACCAAGGAAUCCACAAAACCCCAACGUAUUGUCCAGCGAGGAGAUCAGGCAGCAAUAUUUGACUGAUCAGGAAGGAGCUGUACUCAGUCAUAAGAGCAGGGAUAUUUCUACCCUUACGCUUUGUUCCCUCCUUCCUCAACAUCAGUGCAAGGCUUUGGUCAAGCGAUAGUCUUCUGGGAAAGACUCCAGAGCUCCCACCAUCCAGGUGUCACAUCUGCCGAACACAUCUCAGUAGAGCAGUCAUGCCUGUCACUAUGCAAAACAUUCCCAAUGAGAUCUUGAAGCAGAUCUUGGUGCAAGUUCGUGAACAAGGCGGCUACAGUACGCUCAAGAACGCCCUUCGCGUCUCCCGCCUCUGGAACGACGCAGGUACCCCAGUUCUCUACGAACACGUCGUACUUCACAACGAAAACAUCAGUUCCUUCCUCGACAGCACUUUCAACACACAUGUCGACAUCUGGAGCAUGACUGCAAAGUUCCAUGAGAUGUGGUGCCUGACCCACGGGAGUUGUGUGAGAGAUGCAUCAAGCACUUUCGAAGAAGCCAAGGCUAUGUUUGCGGAACCUUUGCCUCCUGUUGGAGAGCAGAGGACUGGACUGGGUAAAAAGCGUUUUCGCAAUCGUGAGAGGACGUGGGAGCAGGUUCAAUCCUUGACACUGAAUGUCAGACCUGAAGGAUACGGUAGCACACGAGAUGAGAAAACGUGCAGACAGAGGGGUAAGCUGACUCCUUUGGAUGUGCAGCUCAUGAGAUUGGCAAGCAUGCUACCAAGACAAUAUCCUCGACUUGACACCUUCUCCAUCUUCACUCAAGAUCCUUUCUUUGAGGACAAGUCCAAGCUAGAGAGGGAAGGUGCUGGGUUCUUGGACGCCCGAGUCUUUGUCGAGCUUGUCAAGUCAUUGCCAAAAUCUUGCAUCAACCUCGAGCUCGACACCAAUGGUCGCGAGAUUCAGUUCAGUGCAAUGUCGCCUCGCAUAUGUACCAUGAUUCGCGACAUGAUACCCAGACUGCAACAUCUAUCACUUAGAGUGUCCAACAUCUGUGAAUCCAUGAUCGAGUCAAUUUCCAAGACCCGUGAGAAGAGCUAUGUCCAAGCGCCGCAUCUACGCAGUCUCCUGGUAUCAUUCGAGCGCAGAAAUGACCCUCACUGGUUCGACUUGAUGUACGCUCGCAACAUCUGCAGAACGACACACUCAGCCAUGAGCCAUGAUGUACAAAUGAGCACCGGCAGUUCUAUAGGUGGUAAUGACGAAAAGAGCACGAUCCGAUUCGUUGGAGCUCUUCAAGAUGCGCGCCAUAAGGGGGCUUUCCCUCAGGCGAAAAGUAUCCAGGUCGUUACACCAGAGAAGGUACAUCGUCGCGGUUGGGCAUGGUCGAAGAGGGAAAAUGACAAAAUGAUGAUCAUCAGAGAUUGUGUGCAAGAUAAAACACAUGCUCUUCAGUUCCUCCCUUCGAAUAGCAUGUAUAGCCACGACAAGGAUCGUGCUCUGAUCGACCGCCAUGGUGUCUUUGCAAUGGGAGAUAAUGAAGAGCUCAAGUUGUUCGCAGAAGAGGGCGCGUGGGCCUCGACCGCCAGUUACCACGCCAGACUGCCAGUUGACACACCUGAAGUACGGUUUGAGAAGUGCCCGCUCAAGACACUGUCGACCGAGAAGGAAAUGGAGUACUUUGUUGAAAGCUUGGCUAGAGAAAGGCACACGAAGCUGAAAUGUCUUCAUGAGGACCUGACAGAAGAGGAGAGGCAUCCAGGGAGGGUGUUUGACUUCGAAGGAGCCACGUUCCCGUUCAGAGACUUCAUGCCUGAAAAUCUUUGAGAAGACGGAGUGCAUUCGGCUGGAAGCUGAAAGACAUGGUAGGGACAUUUUAGCAUUACGCAUCGUAUGUUGCCUGGCGA